UGUAUGGAUUUAUGAUUAUUCUUAGAUAUCAAAGAAUGUCAAUAUUGACCCUAGAGUCUUGAGUGACCCUGAAGUUUAAAAUUUCUGUUUCUACGUUCUGCUAUAUAAUUUACAUAUUUUUAUCUAUUUCGAAAUAUUCGUUAGUGAUAAGCAAUAAUAACGAUAAUUUUUUAUAAUAUAGAAGCAAUUUAAAAUUAUUUAAGUAGCGACGUUCCAGAGCCUUUGACCGGUGAAUUUAAAAUUGAAAAUUAUAGUUACAGAGCAAAAGUUAUUGUUGUUCCUGAAUAAAUUCGAAUUAGAAAUUUUGAAAAGCAUUAGAUUAUGUCCGGAGAUAGUGAACAAGAAGUUGAUAUAAUGUAUGGUUUGAAAAACGUCUUGGGUCGCAUUGAAGGUGCUGUAUCAAGGAGAAGUAAGGAUCUCCCUCAAAUACUACCAACUCUAGUUGCUGUUUCCAAAAUCAAGCCAAUUCCUCUCAUCCUACAAGCGUAUGAAGCAGGACAGCGUCAUUUUGGAGAGAAUUACGUUAAUGAGCUAGCUGAUAAAGCUAACGACCCACAAAUAUUGGAAAAUUGUAAAGAUAUAAAAUGGCAUUUUAUUGGUCACUUGCAGACAAAUAAAAUCAAUAAAUUGCUUCAAUCUCCCAACUUGUAUAUUGUUGAAACAGUGGAUUCAGCUAAACUUGCUGACAAUUUGAAUAAACAGUGGGAGAAGUUUCGAAAGACUGAUGACAAGUUGAAAGUUAUGGUACAAGUGAAUACUAGUGCAGAGGAAGCAAAAAAUGGUAUAGAGCCACCACAAACAACAACAUUAGUGAAGCAUGUCUUAGAGAAUUGUGCCAACUUAGAAUUUAAAGGGCUAAUGACAAUCGGCCAAUAUGACUAUGAUGUAUCAAGAGGGCCAAAUCCAGAUUUCCUAUUGCUUGCUAAAUGUAGACAAGAAGUAUGUGAGAAUCUGAACUUAGAUGUGAAUAAUGUGGAAUUGUCCAUGGGAAUGUCAACAGACUUUGAACAUGCUAUUGAACUGGGGGCCACAACAGUUCGUGUUGGCUCUACAAUUUUUGGUGCAAGACCUUCAAAGAAAGCUUAGGUUGUAAAGAUAUAAAAUAUAUAGGGCUUCCAUAAAAUAGUAAACUAAGAACCCAUCAUCAGCUUAAGGAUGUUAUGUGCUAUAGAAUAUAUUGUUUUAUUGUUAUUUCUUUUAAACUUGUGGUAAUAAAGAUUUUCAUAAA